UCCUUCUUUAGUCCUAGAAGAAGAGUAAUUUCUUCUUCCUUUUUUCGGGUACUAAUGUAAACAUAACAUGAAAACAGAGUAAGAAUGUUUUAUUUAUACGUGAAGAUGAUCCGGUAAAGAGUUUUACAUUUAGGUCUCACGUGUAAUCCCAUCUAGCUAGCUAAGAGACACACUGUUUAUUCAGAUAUUUGACAGCAAACCCGAAAUCAACAGAGAAAGCUGUAAUAUAAUCCUCAAGAUGCACAGAAGAGGAGUUGGAGCUGGUGCAAUCGCCAAGAAGAAACUCGCAGAAGCCAAGUACAAAGAGAGAGGCACAGUCUUGGCUGAAGAUCAGAUUGUACAGAUGUCUAAGCAGUUAGAAACAUUUAAAACACAUUUGGAAGAGUUUGCCAGCAAACACAAGCAAGAGAUACGAAAAAACUCACAGUUCAGAGUGCAAUUUCAAGAAAUGUGUGCUACAAUAGGAGUGGAUCCACUGGCGUCCGGUAAAGGGUUUUGGUCUGAGAUGCUCGGAGUCGGAGACUUCUAUUAUGAGCUCGGUGUGCAGAUAAUUGAAGUCUGUUUAGCUCUAAAGCACAGAAAUGGCGGACUAAUUACACUGGAUGAACUUCAUCAGCGUGUAUUAAAGGGAAGAGGAAAAUUUGCUCAAGACGUGAGCCAAGAUGAUUUGGUACGAGCCAUCAAAAAGCUUAAGGCAAUGGGAAAUGGCUUUGGGAUGAUUCCUGUUGGAGGCUCUUAUUUAGUCCAGUCAGUUCCAGCUGAGCUCAAUAUGGAUCACACGGUUGUUUUGCAGCUGGCUGAGAAAAAGGGUUAUGUAACAGUGAGCGAGAUCAAGGACAGCCUGAAGUGGGAGAAAGAACGGGCUUGCCAUGUACUUGACCACCUGCUGAAAGAAGGACUGGCAUGGUUGGAUACUCAGGCUGCAGGAGAACCCCAAUACUGGCUCCCCGCUCUCUUUUCGGAAAUUUCUUCCCGUGAUGUCACACCUGAAGAAGCAAAUCAGAUGAUGCCAUGACAAGAAAAAUGUUUUGCUAUAUGCUUUGGUGGACAUAAAGCUUUUAAAUAAGUAUAAGUGCUGUAAUUUGAAGAAAUUAAAUCAGGUUGGACACUUUUUUCAUACAUGAAAUGUGAAAAAAUAGUUAGCUUAAUAAAAGCAUUUAUUUUCAGUAACAAUAUUACAGUAUUUUUUUUUUUAUUACAGGCCUCAAGCAUAUCCCCAGGCAAAUUCACUCUUAACCUCACUAUGUACCUCCAGAUGAGUAGCAAUCAUGUCUUAGCAGUAGGAAUACUGUAUCACACUAUAUACACAGUGUCUGUGAUCUGAGACACAUUUAAUUCAUAAUAGCGCUGGAGAGUAAGAGACUCUUCAAAACUAUGAACUAAAAUAUUUUAAAGAAAAUGCUGCAAGAGAACCUUAAUCAAUUAAAAUGAGUAACAUGCUAAUAUUUCCUGCACUAUUGCUCGAUGAGUUUUUUCCUAGCCAGGUCCAAAUUCUGCAGCUGGGAUUUUUUUAUAUUCUUAGUUUUCUAUGGUUUCACUGGUGAAUGCUUUUUUGGUUAAAAGUCCCUCCUUUAUGAAAUUACUGAAAUUAUGAUCUCACUUGAUUUGCUGACUUGAGAAUUUUUUUUUACAGGUAAUCCUUACAGAUUUUACAAAUUUGGUUAAAUAGGAUAGCACUUGACUAGAUUUGCUUUUUGUAAACAUUCUAGACAAUUGAUAUCUAUUUCUAAACCACUUUAGUAUUUCAUUUUGUCACAAGUUUGUGAUGUUUGAAAAAGAUUGACAUGCAGGAAAGUUUUCAUAAUUACAUCUGCUCUAAAAUCACAGAUUUGGGCAGAUUCUUCACAGCGACAGGUAAAAUCUAGAACUGUAAAUGUCCAAGGUUAAAUUUAAGGUAAUGUGUUGUACUCAACAACUGUUUGCCUAUCAGCUGAGGUUUUAAGUAGAACCCUUAGCCAAGGCUUAGGAAUACCAUUCCCCCUGGUAAAAAUACUGUCCGGAUCUGAAACCCUAUAUAGAUUUAAAUUGUUUUAUGGAACUUUAAAUGUUUAUUGUGUCCAAACUCUGUAAAGCUGUCUUCCUACUACAAAGAGAAAGUGAAUAAAACUUGUCAUUUGUUUGGA